AUGGUCACCGAUCUAGCUCUGGUCAUCUUGGUGGCUCUGAUUGCUAAGGUUGCGCUUCGAAUAUACCGCAUACACUUGCAUCCCUUGAGUUUCUUCAAGGGAGUUCCAGAAGCGUGCGUUUCGGAAAACUGGCUGUACAAGGUAACAAAAAGUGGGAGAGCAGAACAAACUUUCGAAGCUCUUCACGAAAAGUAUAACACAAAGGCUCUUCGAAUUGGACCUAAUGAGCUGCAUAUCACGGAUAUCGAGCUGUACAAAGUAAUUUAUAAUCAAUCUAAACCCUUCCUCAAGCAUGCCCCAUUCUACGAUGGAUUCAGCACACCGCACACUGUCUUUGCUGAGCUCGAACCUCAUUUACAUAAGGAGCGCCGGCGCAUGCUGAAUCCUUUGUUUUCGAAAGUGGGUGUUUACAAGUUAGAGCCUCUUAUCUGCGAGAAGAUCUAUUUGCUAUCGGCCAAAAUCACUCGACUUUGUGCGACCAAGGAAAUUGACGUUUACAAUGCAGUUCGCCUCUUAACCACGGAAAUUAUCACUGAGUUUGCUUUUGCAAAGUCGGCUAAUCUUAUUGAGGAGAAGAGUGAUGAAUUCGACUCAUGGUUCCUUGACGCUUUCGAUGUCGGCUCCCGGAGUAUCGUCGAUCUACAGUACAAUUCAGUCCUUCGAAAUAUCGUUUCGGUUCUUCCAGCCAAUGUGGUUAAAAUUCUGAAUCCCCAGCUUUGCUCUAUCUUAGAUCUUCAGCAGUUUGCGGGAAGCUGUAUGCGAUACUGGCAGACAUCGUCUAAGGUCUCUUCUUACCCUGUCAUCUUUGACAGCCUGAAGUCAAUCUCAGAUGAUGCCAAAGUUUCCGAGGCCAUGGAUAUCCUUAUCGCCGGUGCUGAUACUACUGCGUCUACUCUUACAACUGGGUUCCUUCAUAUCCUAUCCAAUGAAAAAAUCAAAAGCCGUCUUGUGCAGGCCAUUGAUGAAGCUAUGCCAGAAACAGGACUACUUAUCUCACUCCAGGCUCUGGAGAAAGUAGAAUAUUUGGUGGCAUGUGUUAAGGAGUCUAUCAGAGUGGGCAUGGCCGUACCAGGUCGUCUACCUCGUGUUGUUCCUUAUGGUGAUCCAUUCGUUGUUGAGGGGAAAGUUGUUCCUCCGGGCACUAUUGUUGGUAUGUCAACGUACACCAUGCACAACUCUGAAGAUGCGUGGGGACCCGAUGCCCGCGAGUUCAACCCGGACCGUUGGAUUGGGCCCGAAUCCAAGGGCUUAGAACAGUGGAUGUGCACGUUUUCUAAGGGUGCCAGAAUGUGCCUGGGGCAGAAUGUCGCACCCGCUGAGAUCACUCUCGCAUUCGCUUAUUUGUUUCGUAACUACGAACUAAGCCUUCCGAAAGGGCAUAUUAAGCCAGAUGCCCUUGACCACUUCACCUUGGCGUAUCAGAAGCCCGGGUUACCUGUUGUGUUCAAGCCUCGUCAGUAA